GUAAUAUGAAAUCAUUUAAAUAUUGUUUUAUAUUUUCCAUAUUUUGUUAAAGGGCUGUACCUCAGUAAGUAUUUUGUACCAGCUACCACAGGUGAGACCUAGUCAGUAAUUACCUUUUUGUUGAUCAAGAGAGACUGCAGUUAUUGUGCAUGUGACUAUUAGUAUACACAAGCAUAGUUAUAUUCCAUUGAUGAUUUUGUUUGGAGUGCCUUAUUGUAGUUGAUAUAUGUUUUGUCAGAGAGAGCGUUUCUUUUUUUUCUCUUGCCCUUGCCAAAACUCAGCUCUCAGGAAACAUCUGUUUAACCUGUCGCUCACUAAUGUGCAAAUUAUAGGCCCGCGGUCACAAAAUUGGGGGCCUGAGAAAGUGAUGCACAUCUUCCCUUAAUCUGCUUAAUUGAUCUUUAAUACAUAUUUUGCCAAGUAGUUUAUUUUUAAUUCCCACAAGAUGUACAUUCUGAAGUAAUGUGAAAAUAUACCAUACAAAUCCACCUAACCUUCCAUCAACCUUCUGUCUUUCUCUUUGUAAAGAAACCUACUUGUACUCUAUUAUACAAUUCUACUCUUCUGUGAAACAAAACCAUGGACAGAGUAGUUCUAGUUGCCAGCAAGUAUGACAAGAAAAUGUAAUUCAUUCAAAUUAAUUAACUUAAUAAUUUAUAAACUGAAUUAAUUAAUGUCCUUUCCAUGUAGUUGAUCGAAAAUUGCUGUAGUCGAUUUCAAUACUAUGUUGAAUGCAUUAUUUUGAAUGUUUGCACCUGCCAAUACGUAUAUCCAAAAGAAAAAGUUUUCUCUCCCUGUAUCUAUCUUUCUACCUCUCCCCCAAUAACUUCUCUCUUUGUCUUUUCUGCCCUCCCUCCUUUUUUAUUCUCCCUCCCACUUGUUUUCCCAAGCAAGAAUUUGCUUAGACCUUCUGGCUCUGUGGCUUUCGACAGGGACUUGGAACGUCUGGAAGUAUGUAGACUUGGUAAAGACAGGACAAACGGGGUAGACUGAGAGAAGUAACAGAACAAAGUGAGAGAGAAAGUGAGCAGUUUUAUGGGAAACAGCUUUUGACAGCCCACUAAAUGCUGUAGCCUUCUCAUUAUGUCCGCUUUGUUCCUGAAAGGAUGGUGUAACUGGUCCCUGACUUUGUCUAUGCUGGCAGUCUUGCGGUCUCUUUCUUAUGGCUAUCCGGUUGAGGGUAGGGAUUACUAUCGGGAGGACCAGCUAAAUCGUGAGCACGAUCUCCACAUACCUGAAUCCGCCCAGCAUGCUCUUGAGAGACACCAGCUGCAGGGCAGCAAUCGAAGUGGAAAGUCUGUUUUCAGGAAAGCACCUAAAACCAGCACAGAGAGAAGUAAGCAAGACACAGAGGGAUCAGAGACUAAAGCAGAAUGCCCACCAAUGGGACUGGAGACCCUUAAAAUUGACGACGUUCAGCUCCAUGCCUCUACUAUGAAACGUUAUGGACUAGGACCUCACCGGGGACGUCUAAACAUUCAGGCUGGACUGAAUGAUGAUGAGUUCUAUGAUGGAGGCUGGUGUGCAGGAAGAAAUGAUCCUCUGCAGUGGCUUGAGGUGGACGCCCGCAGGCUUACCAAGUUCACCGCUGUUAUAACGCAAGGCCGGAGUUCACUUUGGUCGAGUGAUUGGGUGACAUCUUACAAAGUGCUGUUUAGCAAUGACAGCCAUACAUGGGUCACCCUAAAAAAUGGAUCUCGGGACCUGAUUUUUCCUGGAAACAGAGAGAAGGAGAUCCCUGUCCUCAACAGUUUCCGUAAGCCUGUGGUGGCACGUUACAUCCGUGUGAACCCUCGGUCAUGGCACAACAAUGGUGACAUCUGCAUGAGGAUGGAGAUCCUGGGAUGCCCAAUGCCAGACCCCAAUAAUUAUUACCACAGGCGAAAUGAAAUCACAACAACAGACAGUUUGGACUUCAAACACCACAACUACAAAGAAAUGAGACAGCUAAUGAAGGUAGUUAAUGAGCUUUGCCCAAACAUCACCAGAAUAUAUAACAUUGGCAAAAGUUAUAAUGGCCAGAAGCUGUAUGCCAUUGAAAUAUCGGACAACCCAGGAGAACAUGAAUUGGGUGAGCCAGAGUUUCGCUAUACGGCAGGUUCCCAUGGUAAUGAAGUUUUGGGACGAGAGCUGCUGCUGCUGCUUAUGCAGUUCAUAUGCCAGGAGUAUCUCUCGGGUAAUCAGCGGAUACAGCAUCUGGUGGAUGAGACCCGGAUACACCUACUGCCUUCAGUUAAUCCCGAUGGCUGUGAUAAAGCUUUUGAAGUGGGAUCAGAGUUGGGGGGCUGGUCUGUGGGACGUUGGAGUCAGGAUGGCUUUGACAUACAUCACAACUUCCCUGAUUUGAAUUCCAUCCUGUGGGAAGCAGAAAUCCAGAACUUGGUCCCGCGUAAGGUUCUAAACCACCAUGUGCCUAUUCCUGAGUGGUACCAGUCUAAAAAUGCCACGGUUGCCAUGGAAACACGGGCUUUAAUUGCCUGGAUGGAGAAGAUCCCAUUUGUGCUAGGUGGCAACCUGCAGGGAGGGGAGCUUGUCGUGACCUAUCCCUAUGACCGCACACGCUCACAUGGGAUUACACAAGAGCAAACACCCACACCAGAUGACCAUAUCUUCGGCUGGCUGUCUUUUUCCUAUGCGUCCACCCACCGACUCAUGACUGAUGCCAGCCGCCGCGUGUGCCACACUGAGGACUUUGCUAAGGAAGACAGCACCACCAACGGAGCGGCCUGGCAUACUGCAGCAGGGAGUAUGAAUGACUUUAGCUACCUGCAUACAAACUGCUUUGAGUUGUCCAUGUUUGUGGGCUGCGACAAAUUCCCCCAUGAGACUGAGCUGCCAGAGGAGUGGGAGAACAACCGUGAAUCUCUGUUGGUCUUCAUGGAGCAGGUGCAUCGUGGAAUUAAGGGAGUGGUGAGAGAUGUAAAGGGCAGGGGCAUUACCAAUGCCAUCAUUUCUGUGGAAGGCAUAAAUCAUGAUGUUCGCACAGCUGCAGAGGGUGACUACUGGCGCCUGCUAAAUCCUGGAGAGUACAAAGUGACAGCCAGAGCAGAUGGAUACACCCCGACAAGUAAAAUGUGUGAGGUGGGCUAUGAGAUGGGGGCGACCCAAUGUGACUUUGUUAUCAGUCGCACCAACCUGUCACGCAUCAAAGAAAUCAUGGAGAGGUUUGGCAAGCAGCCAAUCAGCUUUCCAGUAAGACAGCUCCAGAGACGACCCCAACAACAAUGGCUGGGACAUAGGUUUGGGAGAAGGGGAAGAGAGUGAAGGUUAACAGAAGUGGAAAGAAGAAGAGAAAAAGGGCUGAUAUUUCUGUGGAAAACAUCAUCCUCUCCAGCUUCCAUUGAAAGAAGGUUGCUUUUUCUGUAUGCAUGCGGGUUCGGUCUACCAGCUCUGCCACAAAAAACUUGCACAAACAGUAACAUUCACUUUUUGGUCUAAAAGCUUUCUUGGUCUUUGUUUUACCAUGAACUUCUCUUAAAAAGACAUUAUAAAGCUUUAAGUAAAGAGCAGAAUAACUGUCUUAUAAAUCCAUUGUAUGAGACUCAUUUUUUAGAUCUAAAUGAAUUGUGCUCGAAUAAUAGUUGCUGCAAACAUAUGCAUACAUAUGUUAAAUGACCUUUUUAUAUCCAAGUUGAAAGUUACAUUGCAGUUCAUAUACAUUUCAAUUAUAUCUGUUUAUGAAUUAUGGAAACAUUAAAGUGUCCUUGC